AUGUCAAACAUAACUGAGGAGGAGCGCGUCGCAUAUCUAAAGCCCCUCGAGCAGGCGAUGUACGGCCCGUUCUUCGGCUCGCUCGGCGUCAGCGCGGCCAUGGUCUUCACGGCGGCGGGUGCGGCGUACGGGACAGCAAAAGCCGGCUCUGGAAUCGCUUCGAUGGCUGUAGCAAGACCGGAUCUUGUGAUGAAGGCUAUCAUCCCCGUCGUUAUGGCUGGCAUCGUGGCCAUCUACGGGCUCGUCGUUUCCGUGAUCAUCUCCGGGAAAUUGGGGCCCGGCGGCCCCGACUACACAAUCAAUGCGGGAUUCGCACAAUUUGCCGGCGGACUGGUGUGCGGACUCUGUGGACUUGGAGCUGGAUACGCUAUUGGAGUGGCUGGCGACGCCGGAGUUAGAGCGCUCUCACAGCAGCCGCGGUUUUUCGUCGGAAUGAUCCUGAUUCUCAUCUUUGCCGAAGUUCUCGGGCUCUAUGGAAUGAUUGUAGCGUUGAUUAUGGCUGCCGUG